AUGCGUUCUACCGCCUUUGCUGCUGCUGCCGCUGGUCUGGCAGCAGUCGUUCCCACUGCCUUUGCGCAGACCUACUCCGAGUGCAACCCCACCAACGCCUCUCAGUUCCCCUGCCCCGUCAACGCUGGUCUGAACACCAAGUCCUGGAACAGCGAGUUCACUGCCGGAAAGAACACGAGCUGGAGCUACGUUGCCCCCGCCGUCAACUACGGAUCCGAUGGAGCCGAGUUCAGGAUCUCCAAGCGUGGUGAGGCUCCUACCAUCAAGACCGACUUCUACAUCUUCUACGGAAAGGUCGAGGUCAAGAUGAAGUCCGCCCCCGGCCAGGGUAUCAUCAGCAGCAUCGUCCUGCAGUCCGAGGACCUGGACGAGAUUGACUGGGAGUUCCUGGGUGGCACCAACAGCAUCGUCCAGACCAACUACUUUGGCAAGGGCAACACCACCACCUACGACAGGAUGCAACAGUUCGACGUCGCCACCCCGCAGGACACCGUCCACACUUACUCGGUUGACUGGACCAAGGAGUCGAUCGUCUGGGCCAUUGACGGCACCACUGUCCGCACUCUCAACUACGCCGAUGCCAACGGUGGUACCAACUUCCCCCAGACCCCCAUGAACAUCCGUCUCGGCAUCUGGGCCGGCGGCGACCCCGACAACGAUUACUGGACUAUCCAGUGGGCUGGCGGCAACACGACUUACGAUGCCGCCGCCGGAAUGCCUUGGAGCAUGUUUGUCGAGGACGUCAAGAUCACCAACUACAACCCUGGCUGCAGCUACAACUUCACCGACACCACUGGAUCCUCGGAGAGCAUCAGCAUCAACAGCGAAGGCUGCGACCUUGUCGGCACCAGCCCAACCCAGACCAGCUCGUCCAACACUGCCGUUUCCACUGGCGCUGCUGCCGCUUCCGGCUCUGCUGCCGCCGCUGGCGCUGCCGACGGUGUCGCCGGCUCGGGCAACUUCAGCACUCCUACUGGCAGUGGUGUCGGCGCUACCUUCCCCGCUGGUUCCGGCUCGGACGAUUCUGGCUCGUGCGCUCCUAUCAUCGUCACCCAGACGGUUACUCUCCAGCCCGGCGAGACUGCUCCUGCCCAGACCACCGCGAUAGAGUCUACCCCGGCGGCAACCACUCCUGUGGUCGAGACCACUCCCGCGCCUUCGUCGACUGCCGACGUUGAUGGUGCGGCAUCCAGCAGCGUCGCCACCUCCACCACCAAUGAGCUCGGCGACGGCACGAUGACUCUCGCAAUUCCCAGUGGCAGCAACUACCCCAUUCCUUCGGAGCCGGCGACUAGCGAUGUCGAAGGCGGUGACUCGACGUCCACCGCCUCGGCCACCACCCCCGCCAACACUCCCAGCGCGACUCCGCCCGUCUUUACCGGCGCGGCCGCUCCCAUUGCUCUAGGUGGCGUCAGGAACGCGCUGUUCUUCGGCGGUGUCGCUGCCGUCCUGGCGCUGUAA